AUGCAUGCAUUGACUUCACGAUACGGGCAGCCACGUCACUUGAUACAGAGUGAGAUAGCGCGCAUUCUCAACUCUGCGUCUGUUAAAGCAAAUGAUGUGGCUGCGUUCGAAGAGUUUGCUCUGGCUGUACAGUCUCUGGUCGGACUACUUAUCUCGAUAGAAGGAAGGGAUGGUACAGAAGUUAAAGCUCGUGCUCGCCGCUUGUCUCACAACACAACUUUUGCUGCUGAGUGGGACAGGAGGGAGGUACGAACCAAUCCCAAACCUCCACCACGGGAGUUUGAUAGGCCAGCUACCAUGUAUUUGUCAACCGAGACAAAGGCGGCUCCGAGGCAGAAUGUUUCCCUCAACCCUGUGGAGAAGCAUCCAAAGAAGGCAAAAUUCCAACCCUAUUGUCCUUUCUGUAACACUCAUGAACACUUUCUCAAUGGUUGCCAGAAGUUUGCCAAGCUGACGGUGGAGGAGAGGCGCUCUUGGAUCCGUGAAAACAGACGCUGUUGGAAGUGCUGUAGAACUCACCCUCCGGAGGCUUGUACACUGAAGAGGCCAUGCGGAGUGUGCAGCCAGCUUCACUUGACAAUUCUGCACGACACUUUGACUCCCGCCGGCCAGUCGUGUCUCAUGGUGAGCAUGCCCAAUCCUGACCUUUAUCUUGACCGUCCAAAUCGUUCUGCACGUGUCAUUCUCAAAGUGGUUCCUGUUGUUCUUCAUAAUGGUGACUUCCAAUUUGAGUCUUAUGCCAUCUUGGAUGACGGCCACGACUCCGUGAAGCUGAUCAAGUUCGCGGACGACACCACCCUCAUUGGACUCAUCUCCAACAACGAUGAGUCCGCCUACAGGAGGGAGGUGGACCGGCUGGUGUCCUGGUGCAGUGGUAACAACCUGGAGCUGAACGCCCAGAAGACAGUGGAGAUGAUUGUGGACUUCAGGAAGAGCACUGUCCCCCCACCCGCACCCUCCGUGAUGGACUCCCCCAUCACCUCUGUGGAGUCCUUCCGUUUCCUGGGCACCACCAUCACCCAGGACCUCAAGUGGGAGCCAACCAUCAGCUCCCUCAUCAAGAAGGCCCAGCAGAGGAUGUACUUCCUGCGGCAGCUCAGGAAAGCCAAGCUGCCUGCACAGAUGUUGGUGCAGUUCUACACGGCCAUCAUCGAGUCCAUCCUCACCUCCUCCGUCACCGUGUGGUUCGCUGGAGCCACAGUCAGGGACAAGCAGAGACUACAGCGCAUUGUGCGCUCUGCAGAGGAAGUGAUCGGCCGCAGCCUUCCAUCGCUGCAGGACCUUGGUUCUGUCAGCAGGGUCGGCAUAAAGGGCACAGCGCCUCUAGGAGGUUGUGUCCCGCGGACCACAAAGACCCCACAAAGCUCCACUGUGAGGUCAGGGCCAGAGCAGCUGUGA